AUGUGCCGCACAUUGGUCCUGAGUUUCUUCCUGGUGCUGGCUCGUGUCCAGGCGACGCGUAUCCUGGAGGGUCAUGGCGGGACCACGCAAGACGUGGAGAGGAUCGGGGUUGUAGGCAACUCUGUGAAGGAGCAGCAUGCUAGUGACGCUCGUGUGAGAGAUGCCAUCGACGAGAUCCGUCGCAACGCCGUGCAACUCAUGAAAGACAUCGAUGAUGCUGCGAAGAGCGGUAGCAAGUGGGAGUUUUGCUACGAAGCAGGGAUCUGCUCUGGCGAUAAACCUAAAUGCUGCCCCUUUGUAACCCCCGGUCGCGCCGGAAAAUUGGUCCGCCGCUGCGUUAGCUAUUGCUCUUGGUGA